GCUGGAUGCUGAACUGAGUCAAUGGAAACUUAAAUAUGAGGAGCUCAGCAAGAGCAAACAGGAGGCCCUCAAACAGCUGAACCUGCUCAAGGAAAUGCAUCAGGAUGAACUUGGCCGCAUGUCUGAAGAUCUGGAGGAUGAACUGGGUGCCCGAACCAGUAUGGACAAAAAACUAGCUGAACUACGAGCUGAGAUGGAGAGGCUGCAGGUGGAGAAUGCUGCAGAGUGGGGACGUAGGGAGCAUUUGGAGACAGAGAAAUUGGCCCUGGAGAGGGACAAUAAGAAGCUGAGGGCUCAGGCUGAGGAUUUGGAGGAGCAGCUGGCCAAGAAACGCCGUCAAGCCGCCUCCGCUCUUGACACUGACCUCAAAGCCAUCCAGUGCGAGCUGUUUGAGAAAAACAAGGAGCUGGCUGACCUUCGCCACGUUCACGCUAAGCUGAAGAAGCAGUUCCAGGAAAAGACCGCUGAGCUCGCCCAUGCCAACCGGAGGGUGGAGAGCCAUGAGGCUGAAGUCAAAAAGCUACGCCUGAGGGUGGAGGAGCUUAAGAAAGAGUUAGGACAGGCUGAAGAUGAGUUGGACGAGUCUCAUAACCAGACCAGGAAGCUGCAGAGGUCUCUGGAUGAGCAGGUGGAGCAGACUGAGAACCUGCAGGUACAGCUGGAACACUUGCAGUCAAGACUGCGGCGGCAGCAGCAGAGUCCUGGCCUGUUUGGGAAGAUGCGAUCGGCUCGGUUCAGUGCAGAAAACCUGGACGGUCUGACCAGUGACAUGGAUGAGGAGGAGGAGGAACUCCAAAUCCCAUGACAUUCACAAACACGCAUGCAGCAAUACGGGACAUACUGUAGUUAUGUAAGGAAGCUGAAUGUUGUUGCACUUGAGGAAAAGCUUUGUAUCUCCUGGUAAAUUGUUUUACAACAGGAAGCAGCACUGUCUUCUGUUCAAGCUGCAAGUUUUUAAAGAACCUCACUAAUAUUUCUGAAACAUUUUACCCAGAUCAAAAUGUCUGUAGGGCAAAAACGCAGAAAGCUCAAAUAAAAGAUCAAUUUGGUUUUCAAGAAUUUUUGAGAAACCACCUAACUGUUCAUCAGAAGUUUAAACAAGAAAAAAACUGAUGUGAGUUUCUGCUGAGCAGCAAUAUAAUAAGCACAUACCUUAUGCAGAUCGCAUAGACAUGGCCAGACUCACUCAUGCUUACACAUUGUUGCAUAUCUGGGCAUGCAGCAACAACAUCGAAACCAGCAGGAGUGCGACAGACAUUAAAAGGAUGUCCAACCAGUGUAAUAUUGAAUGAAAGGACCAUGCUGACAAAUUUCCACCAGAUCACACUAGCAGAGGCCACAAUGUCAUCCUUUCAAUGUACUCACUCAUUCUUAUCUUAUAUUAUCACAUGCAUUACAGCUGUCUCGUCUGAACUGUGCUACUGUGUUCAAACAAGCCUCACCUUCACAUCUCUAACACCAGUAUUAAUACUUUCCCAUGUCUGUCUGCUAUGAGGAGAAAGCCCUUUUGUGUCCCUCUGAUCUUGAAACUGUUUACUGACAAGGGAUAUCAGUCAUUUUAAGAACUGACAGGUUGCUAAAAAGGUCUGCACAUUUUACCUAGUAUUUGUAAAUGUGAGUAUUUUUUACCCAAAUAGUUGAUAUUUUUCUGACAACCAAGACUGGUAGCACACUACACAACUUUUAGACUCAUUAUGGCUGCACUGAAUUGGAUAGAAUUACUACCAUAGUACAGUAAGUGUGGAGCAGGACCUUCCUGUCUGCAGGUUUUCUGUUUGUCACUCCCCAGUUAGUCUCUGCAUUUGAGUUGCAUUAUGGGCCAUUUGCACUGGGACUCCCAGAUUCAUGCUAAAGGUUUGGUAUGGAAUAAUAUUACAGGAGAGACAUGAGUCUAAAACCAAGACCCAGACCUGACCCAUACCUGUGCCUUUCAGACCAGGCAGACAUAACCCACCUGGUACCACUGAAUUUGAGACCUGAACUUGAUCCAAGUCCAAAGCUAUAGUUUUGUCAUUUCUUCUUUUAAUGAUAAUGUUAUAUGCCUGCUUGGGAAAGGCCUUCUCACACUUAACUAAUCUAAUAAUGAUAAUAAAUCAGCACAGAAUAUGGCACAACAGCCCACCAGUACCAAACAUAUAACUUCACCUGGCCAAUAACCUGUAGGUUUAGUGGUGGUACACACUGAGAGGUGUGUUCAUAGGCUUGUAAUCUGAUCUAAUGUCACAGUCCUGUCUGUGAGCAGUAUCUUAACGCUCCCUAACCCUAUGAUGUUGGUAUGUAUACAAACUCAACCAAAAACUGCACUUUCAGAUGAUAGAAUUCUUUGUGCUUUGAAGCUGAAAACCUGGUGUAUUCAAAAUGUGAGGUUUAAGUGUUAUUUCUCAGUCUGUGUAGUUAUUAUACUGUUGAAAUGGAAGCUUCCUUUUCUGCAUACACCCAAAAAGGUCCACAUCCAGAAAUGCAAUAUACAGACCAGUAUUCCUGACAGCAAAGACUAGAAAUGCAUCCAAAGUUCUGCUGUUGUUCUGUUCUUAGUUUGGAUGUGCAGUUAUGAUGUUUACGUGGUGUUUAUACUGAUGUUCAGUAUUUUACAUUAUUGUAAUUAUGGGGGGGAAAAAUUCCCCAAAUCUGAAGUAUUUAUGUACAGUAAUUCCCUCAGGGCUGUGUCUAGCCCUGGUGGAAAAGCCUCCAAAGCAGAAUUUAGACCAUCAUGAGGUAAUGAAACACACUAAAGCCAAGGCCAGUAAAACUCCUAUAAGCAUCUUACUUACUGUUUGCGCCUCUUUAAGAUAACCCAUGUAUUCUACAGUAGGACAAGGUUUGGAUACACUGGGUGGUGAACUGAAUUUAUUUUCACAAAACUGGGCUAAAUUAUCUGUUCAUGAAAGAGCUCCAGUCUGGCAGUUGUGAAAGCAAUAAAACAUUUAUUAAUCCUCCAUCAACAGUCACUCUCUGCCUCAGCCUCAACACUGGCAAUGGAAGGGGACCAAGAUAUUUUUACUGAUCAGGAUUCUGAACUAUUUAUGUUGUUGUUGUUUUGGUUUAGUUUUUUAAAUGAUCUGUACCACAGUGGUUUUUGUAUUAGCUCUAUAAAAGUCAAAUGCACAU